AUGAGUCAAAUAAAGCUCAGUGCACAAAGGUCGUCUCCCACGGUCCGGCGACCUCCGGCUCACGCAAAUGAAAUCAGACGGAUCAAUCACGCGGAUUGUAGACGUGUUGUGUACUACACCUGUGCUAGGGGUGCCACAACGCUCACCUCCGCAGAGUCUCUACCAGACACUAUUAGGGGUUGCGGGUGACAGCUAGACUGGGAAGACUGCGGCAUACCUAUAAACGGAGAAAAAUUCAACCACCUUCGCUUUGCCGAUGACCUGGUUAUCAAGUCCAAUUCAGCUAAAGAGCUAAAUGAAAUGCUUUACGACCUGGAUGUAAAAAGCCAUCAAGCAGGUUUAUACAUGAAUGUUCAAAAAACAAAAGUAAUGUCAAACAGCCACAAAGAGACUGUUAGGAUAAAUGGAAUUGUUAUCGAUUAUGUCGAUGAGUAUAUAUAUAUUGGUCAAGUUAUAGCAAUGACAGAUCUAACAACUAAAAAGAUAGACACCAGAAUUGGAAGUUCUUGGAAGACGAUAUUAAAGUUACAGCAGGAAAAACGUGGAUGA